AUGAGCUAUCGUGGACGAGGUGGUGGUGGAGGCGGUUUUCGAGGUGGACGAGGCGGAGGAAGAGGAGGCGGGGGCUACGGAGGCGGUGGCUACGGAGGACCACCUGAAGAAGUUGUCGUACUCGGAGAAUUCACCCAUCCGUGUGAAGAGGACCUUGUUUGUGCAACAACUUGCGGCAAAAUUCCAUAUUUCAACGCGCCCGUUUACUUCGAGAAUAAGGCCGAAAUUGGAAAAGUCGAUGAGAUUUUUGGAGGCCCAAAAGAUAAUGGAUUCACCGUCAAAUUGGCUGAUGGCGUGAAGGUCGGCUCCUUUAAAGCAGGACAAGAAAUUUUUGUGGACCCUGGAAAAUUGCUACCACUGGAAAGAUUUCUGAGCGGAGGACAGCCAAGGGGUGGACGUGGACGAGGUGGUGACCGAGGACGAGGAGGCAGUCGUGGAGGUGGCUUUAGAGGUGGCGAUCGUGGAAGUCGUGGAGGAGGUUUCCGAGGAGGUGACCGUGGCGGUGGUGGCUUUCGAGGAGGAGAUCGCGGCGGUUUCCGAGGCGGAUUCCGUGGUGAUCGUGGUGGUGGAUUCCGAGGAGGAGAUCGUGGAUCGCGUGGAGACCGAGGCUCUCGUGGGGGCUUCCGUGGAGGACAAGACUAUGGUGCCAAGAGAUCGUUCGACGGAAACCAAGGUGGCGGCCAAAAUAAGCGCACCAAAUUCGACGAU